AUGAAUUUUGAGUUCAGCUGGGAAGAGUACUAUGAAAACACUUUUGAUCAUCAUAACAGAACUGAUUUUACCAAUCCUGAUAAGUAUUACAUUUCAGAUAUUACAUCAUCACAAGGUUCCAGAUUCAUUGACUUCGUUCAAGGCGCAACAACUUCGAUCAAAAUUCUUCUUGAAUCAUCAUUGUUUCAUUCUAAUAAUAUCGGAAGUGCCCCAACGAUUGAUGGAAAAAUCGGAUUAGGUGGAAAUAUUUAUAUGAGGGCCCAAUUAGAUAUUGUUCAAAACAAAAUUUGCUCAUAUAAUUGUUCUUCAAGUGAUUUUGGACAGCAUUGUUAUGUAGCAACAUUAUCAAGAUAUUUACUAUACAAAAAUUACAAUUAUCUUUCUUCAUAUACAAGUAUGGGUGACCCAGCUGCAAAAGGAUUUGCACCAAUUUGUCAUGGUAAUGGUGAAGUUAUCAUAAAUAAUGCCAACAUUUCGGAUAACAGAGCUAACGCUUAUUGUGGAUCUUACAUCGGAGAUUCAUAUUUUCCAGGAAAUAUUUCGCAAACAUCAUUCAUAAAUAACUCAGCGACAAUUAAAACUUGCGUUUCUUUUACGGGAGGAAAUACAUUUUCAUUUAUAAAAUCUAAUUUCUUGAAUAAUAAAGUAUCAGAUCGAUUAUUACAAGUAAGCUCUCCCAAUAUUUCUAUAAUUGACAGUAUUAUUAUGAACAAUAUAGCAACAAACACAUUUUAUACAAAUGGUAAGGUUGUGUAUUUAAUCCACAGUAUUGUAAUUAUCCAAGGAUAG